AUGAGGUUCACCGAGGGCAUGUGGCGGACCAGGAAUGGGGUCUGUUUCAACUGGAUGGGCAACGUGGAGAGGCUUUCUUUCACCAAGGACGACGUCAACUUGCUUCUCACAACACAGCAGAAAACACGGGGGGGCACGCUCAAUGUCGGCACCAUUUCAACUCGAAUCUGGUCUCCGCUAGAAGGAGUGGUCGCAGCCAGUUUCUCACAUUGGAGUGGUGAAGAAGACCUGGGGCCACAUUUCCCGUUGUUUGAGUCGCCGACUGCGCCUAAGAUCAACCACUCCAAAGGCAAAGCGCUGGACUACUCGAGUGGCCCGCUGGAUUUGUCGAUCAAAACUGCCCGCAAUGAGCUGGCCUUCACAUACUCUUAUCAGUCCAGGAGACUCACCGGCCAUUCGCAUCGCUCCAUUGCAGUGGUAUCCUCCUCGGACACGCCGAGGUAUAGGGCCGAGGAAGGCAUGUACGCGCAGCAGGAGAACUACAUCCUCCUCGAGCUGGAUCUAUCUGUAGGGGAGAAAAUCUACGGUCUCGGUGAGCGUUUUGGACCGUUCGUGAAGAACGGCCAAACGAUCGACGUGUGGAACGAGGACGGUGGGACCAGUUCUGAAUUGACCUACAAGAACGUUCCGCUUUACAUGUCGAGUCGGGGCUACGGCGUCUUCGUCAACAACCCGGGCAAGGUUAUGCUGGAAAUCCAGUCUGAGCGGACGACCCGCGUCAAUAUUGCAGUUCAGGGCGAGAGUCUCGAAUACAUGAUAAUAGCCGGCCCCUCACCCAAAGAGAUCUUAAACCGCUACACCGCGUUGACUGGCCGGCCUGGCUUACCUCCAGCCUGGUCGUACGGGCUCUGGCUUACCACUUCUUUCACCACGUCCUACGACGAGAAGACGGUGACGUCGUUCCUGGAUGGGUUCAAGUCGCGAGAGAUCCCUUUGAGGGUAUUCCACUUUGACUGUUUCUGGAUGAAGUCCUUUCAGUGGUGCGACUUCGAGUUUGACGACGAAAAUUUCUCCGAUGCACCGGGCUACCUCAAACGCCUGAAAGACCGCGGGAUGAAACUGUGUGUCUGGAUCAAUCCGUAUAUUGCGCAAGCGUCACCUCUCUUUGCCGAGGGGAAGCAGAAGGGCUACUUCAUGAUGCGCGCCGAUACCCCCAGGCCGACUGUCUGGCAAUGGGACAACUGGCAGGCAGGUAUGGCGUGUGUGGACUUCACGAACCCCGCUGCCCGGGAAUGGUAUUCUGCGCAUUUGGCCAGGUUGAUGGACAUGGGAGUCGACAGCUUCAAGACGGAUUUCGGAGAACGAAUCCCAUUCCUCCCGCAUCAAGUCAAGUAUCAUGACGGAUCAGACACUGUUCGAAUGCACAAUUUCUACGCCUACCUGUACAACAAGACCGUGUACGAGACCAUGGAGGCGCACGGAAAGAAGGGAUGUCUCUUUGCAAGAGCCGCGACGGCUGGUGGGCAGCAGUUCCCUGUGCACUGGGGUGGAGAUUGCGAGAGUACCUUUGAAGCUAUGGCGGAAACGCUACGCGGAGGGUUGUCUCUUGCACUGUCGGGCUUUGCGUUCUGGGCGCACGAUAUCGGCGGAUUCGAAGGACUGCCUGACCCGGCGCUGUACAAGCGCUGGGUCCAGUUCGGUCUGUUGGGAAGCCACUCCCGCUUGCACGGCAGCUCGAGUUAUCGCGUCCCUUGGAUUUAUGACCCCAAUCAGUAUCCGGGCGAGGAUGAAGCCUGCAGCAGAGUCCUCAGAGAGAGCGUAGGGCGGAAACUCGCCUUAAUGCCCUAUCUGCUACGAACCGCACUUGAGGGUUAUGCGAAGGGCACGCCUGUGAUGCGGGCCAUGUUUCUCGAAUUUGGAGAAUCCGACCCGAACUCGUGGAAUCUGGACACGCAAUACAUGCUUGGGGAGGAGUUGCUGAUCGCGCCAGUCUUCGAUAAGGGAGGAGAAGUUACGUUCUACGUGCCGUUUUCUGGGCGGGCCGGCAGUGCGUCCAAUGAGGCAGCAACGGCGAAGCAGGCAAUGUGGAGGAGCUUCUUCGAUCACUGCAAAACUUACGAGGAAGGUCGAUGGUACACCGAAACUCACAGCUUCGACACCAUGCCAAUCCUUCUCAGACCUGGAGCGGCUGUGCCCUUUAACGAGAGUCUGAAGGAGCCAGACGGGGACAUCAUGAAUGGAUUGAAACUACUGGUCAAUGGGCCACUACAGGGUGAGAAGGUCGUCGAGCUUGUGGAAGCGAGCGAUGUCUCAAAAGUGGCGAAGACUUUUGCCGUCACCGAGAGCCUUGCUCUCAAGGGACUACAAGGUAUCGAGGUCGUGGACUUGAGCCAAGGCUAG